CGACUUGUUUCUAAGACGGACAGAUUUUAGUGAUGCACACGGAAGAAAAGGAACGUGUUUACAAACAAAGUUUUGGACGACGGGCAACGAUAGAAUCAGUUUUAAAAGGUUUCUGCACAAACAAACUGUUUUUAAGUGCAUCAAGAAUCACAUUAUACAAAGGAUGAGCGUAUGUUUGAACCCAUGACCUUUCAGAGAGGUUGAAGCAUGGCAGAUGAGGAAGGCAAGCUGACGCUGAGGCGUCUAGAAGCUCCCAUCCAGAAGUUCAUCAAAGUGGUAAUACCCACUGAUCUGGAGCGCCUUCGUAAGCACCAGCAUAACAUCGAGAAGUUCCACAGAAACCACCAAUGGGACAAACUGCACCAGGAGCACAUCAAUGCUAGCCGCACCGUGCAGCAGUUGCGCUCUAACCUGCACGAGAUGGAGAAGUUGUGCCAUCGUGUCCGCAGCUCCGAAGCGUCUUCGCUGGAAAAACUCGUCCAGCCAAUCAGAGAGCGCGCCUUGGUCGCCGCUCAAGACUUCCUCCGGCUUCAUUCGGACUCUGUCAAUCAUCCAGGGACACACCCACAUCAGACCGACGGCACAGACACUCACACAACCUCCGACUCAGCAUAUAGUGAAGAUGAUGUGGGCGGGGCCGAGUCACCUGUCACUCAAAUUCAAGUUUAUUUACCUGCUAUUCCAGCUGAACAAAAUGCUGCAGAAUCCUGGGACUCCUUAGAGGAGGAUCUAUUGGAGCUCAAUGGGUUAGUGAAGGAGUUCUGCUCUCUCGUGCAUGCUCAGCAGGAGAAGAUCGACAGCAUUGAGGCCAACGUUAUUACGGCGACGGCUAACGUGGAGGAGGGGACACGCAGCCUCGGGAAGGCAGCAAGGUCGAGCCUGGCAAUGUUGCCCGUAGCAGGUGCAGUGGUUGGCACCGUCUUGGCCGGUCCACUUGGAUUGCUGGCGGGAUUUAAAGUGGCCGGCGUGGCAGCCGCAGUGGGAGGAGGCUUGAUCGGCUUCGCUGGAGGGAACUUCAUCCAACGCAAGAAGAAAGAAAGAGUGGAGCUUCAGCUUCAACGACUCGACACUAACCAUGAACACGAGCAUGUGCAAUAACACACCUGCUCCUGGUGAGGAGACUUGAAUCCUGUACUGCUACUGGUAUUUAUACAUCAUGUAGCGUCUUACUGCUCCUCUCUCAACAAAACUGCCUUAAACAGACAGCACCAAAACAGCAAUUUCCAAAGAGUGUGUAGCAGUAUAUAAUAUCAUAACCCCGCGUUAUUGACGUGACUGCUGGUCAGACGGCCGUCCGUGUGCCAUAUGGGUCGUGGUUUAAAAAAAAUAAAUAGAGGUUUUUAUUGAUCGAGCUGAGCCAGUUCACAGACACCAGGGUGUCAUCGGUGUUGGGAUUAUGAAUGAUGAGCUUGAGUGCAGCACAAAUUGUACCGUUAAGUGUGAGUAAGGAGACAUUCGCUAAAAUCACACACAUACCAGACAACAAUAAAGGACAAUGACAACUAGUCUUGUCACAAUGAUUACAGAACAAUAAGUUAGUUAAUUCUCUAAAAUCUAAUAUACUGUAUAUAAGCAGAUUGUUUUUAGUUUGUUCAGAUUAAAGCACUGUAACGUCCUAUUUUAACUCUUCUAAACCAAUGCUUUUGAUCUCUAACCCAUUUGCAAUGAGUGUGUUAUUAACCUUGUAAUUUAUCAGUUUAUACUAAAAACCUGUAGAUGAAUUAGGAUUACUUGAAGAGUUUUACAGACUUGCUGCUGCAUACAGUGACGGAUACCUUAGCAGUAGGUUGUGUGUAAUAAAGUGAGUUUUGAAUGUGAAUUAUUACACUACAGAUAUGGAUACAGAUACAUGGACCGUGACAGGCUCGGUCUCACACAAACGAAUUUGUGCCUUUCUAACACCUUUAGAACUGCACCAGUGUUGUGUAAAUAAUGCAGGUAGGUAACUAGUUGGUUUUGUUUCAAAGUGCUCAUUAUAUAGUUUCUAACCAAAAAAAAAUUUAAAAAAAAAAAUCAAAGCUGCUUUCAUUUCUUUAAACCCUGUUGUUCUUGUUCAAACAGGUCAAUUAAUUCAAGCUUAAAUGUUUAUGAUCCAUGGAGAAAGUUAAAGAAAAUUAAACUGAGAUCUGGAUAUUUGAAUUCUUGCUACAUUUACAAAUAACGGGUUCUGGCUAAGUAUAUGUAUACAUACAUUUUAAAAGACAAAAAUAAAAUAAAGUAAUUGGUGUUUUAAUUCGAUUUCCAGCUUUAUAACCGAAUCUGUGAUUUCAGCAUUUUUUUUUUUUUUUUUUAUGUAAAUUCCCAUCAUGCAUCAGUGGUAGUAUCAGUAUAUAAAAGGUUGGCGGAGAUGUUUUAGGAAUGACGCUCCAGUGUUAGUGCUUUGGAACGAUGCGUUUUUCCACCACAGGGAAGUCUUCAGGAUUACUCUGUGUGAUGGUCAAGCUGUGCCUUUUUUUGUUUGUUUAUUUCUGUCGUCAUCUUAACUUCCAGAGAGAGAAAGAAAGAGACUGGUGAGGGAUUGAUCUUUAACAGCUGCUAUAAUGUAAGUGUAAUGGAGAAAAGAGAAGAAAAAAACUCUAAUAAAUAGAUAUAAAAGUACAACUUCUCAUUUAUGAAUAAAUUAGAAUUUAGAAUUGUGGCAAUGGGAAAAUAGUUCCCAUUGAGCACCACCCCAAUGUUGAUUAGUAUUAUGUACAUUUUUUGUUAACAGAUGUUUGCAGAUGACAUUGUGAUCUGUAGUGAGAGCAGGGAGCAGGUGGAGGAAAACCUGGAGAGGUGGAGGUUUGCGCUGGAGAGAAGAGGAAUGAAAGUCAGUCGUAGUAAGACUGAGUACAUGUGUGUGAAUGAAAGGGAGGGAAGUGGAAUAGUAAGGUUACAGGGUGAAGAGGUGAAGAAGGUACAGGAGUUUAAGUACUUGGGGUCAACAGUCCAGAGUAAUGGAGAGAGUGGGAAAGAAGUAAAGAAGCAAGUGCAGGCAGGUUGGAGUGGGUGGAGAAAGGUGUCAGGAGUUCUGUGUGAUAUAUCAGCAAGAAUCAAGGGGAAGGUGUACAGGACAGUGGUGAGACCGGCCGUGCUGUAUGGUUUAGAGACAGUGUCACUGAAGAAGAGACAGGAGUCAGAGCUAGAGGUAGCCGAGCUGAAGAUGUUGAGGUUCUCUUUGGGUGUGACAAGAUUGGACAGGAUUAGGAACGAGUACAUCAGAGGGACAGCCCAUGUUGGACGUUUGGGGGACAAAGUUAGGGAGGCGAGAUUAAGAUGGUUUGGACAUGUUCAGAGGAGGGAGAGUGAGUAUAUUGGUAGGAGAAUGUUGGACAUGGAGCUGCCAGGCAGGAGGCAAAGAGGAAGGCCAAAGAGGAGGUAUAUGGAUGUAAUUAAUGAGGAUUUAAAGCUAGUGGGUGCAAGUGUUGAGGAUGCAGAAGAUAGGGUUAGGUGGAGAGAGAUGAUUCGCUGUGGCGACCCCUGAAGGGAAAAGCCGAAAGAAGAAGAAGACAUUUUUUGUUAACAGUAUGAUUUGGUAUUAAUACUCUAAUUUCAGCUAAUAUCUUUUUUUUUUUUUUUUUUUUGCUUUCAAACGUCUAUGUAUACCAACUGUUUUUAAACUCUUUUUUUUUUUGCCAACACAAUUUGUAAAACAUUCAUAUCAUAUUACUGACAAGUGUGUCACCUGACUCUGGCACUAAAAGCCUGACUUGUCGCUGCUUUAGAGCUUUGAUGACGACGGCCACCAAGAAGCCAAAUCUAAUACAGAAAUCAAUUCACAGUGGGGUCUCCUCAAGCACAAACAAAAUUUCAAUGUUAUUUGAUCAAAGUCCUGUAGGAACCGGGGGAAAAGCCGAACAAUGACCUUUUUGGAUUUUUAUUGAUCCUCGUAUUUAGCAGAGAAUAAAACAGAAUUGUAUACAGCUCAGUGCUGGCUGGAGUUUGUUUGUAUCUUUAAUGUGCAGAGUGGCUGGAGGCAGCAUGUGUGACCAGAUCAUAAUUAUAAUAAUAAUAAAUAAAUACAUAAUAAAUAUCAUUUAAUUUCUUUAACAAGAAUGGACACAAGUCUCUAAGUCAGCAUGAGAUCCUUUUAUUUAUUUUGAUCGUUUUUGACAUGGUAAACAUCGUAUGACCCUAACUUUAGGGUUAUGGUUUUUUGUGUGUUUUUUUUUUUUUUUUUGGGAUAUUUGGGGAAGCCCCAUAAAGACACAGGCCUGAUUUGAGCUACAUGUUAUCCCCCCACGCCUUCCGCACAACACACGCAGGACUUUCCCUGAGUGUGUGUGUAGAUGGGCAACUGUGUCAUAGGCAGUGUGUAUAGAUGGAGGUGCGAGUGUGUUUGGCUGCCUGUAGGGGGUAGGGGAAGGGGAAAUUCCCAGUGAAAGGACCCAAAUCACGUCUGCGUCCCAGACACCCCACACUUUCCACGAUCAUGCAGACUGGAAACGCAGACCAUCCUAGCGCCCGGUUUGUGUGCAUGAUAUCAUCGUAUAUGCUGCCGUGAUGCCAUGGGUUUCUGCCGUGGGUGGGAUGAUGUCACAAAACAUCAUCGCCCACCUCACGCCACUUCCACUUUCCUCAAACCGGGCUUCAAGUUUUUACCAAAAUAAGACUUCAGAACGUUCCUCAAUGUACACACUAGUGCUGCUGAAGCGUGACUCACUGUUUCCAUACCAACUUCCUGUCAUGGUUAAAUUCACUCCUUGAUCUUCAGAGAUUAAUUAGGGUGCAAAAAUCUUGCAAACAUGCAAUCCUGUGCAAGUUAACAUGAGUUUGUAAAUAAUAUUUCUGUUAAAAAAAUAACACAAAACCUUGAUUGCACUUGAUAUAAAACACAGACACUCUAGAUUCCUGUAAAAUGUUUUCCCUUUAAUUUUUUUAAUUUACUUUUUUGUUUGUUUGGUUGUUUCCAUUCCCCACUCUGGGAUGAUUUACAAACCCCCUGUUAAGCCCCACCCCUUAUUAGGCCCCACCCCUUACCAUGCCUCCUCAUGGAAUGGGCUGAUAUGAGUCCAGAUUUUAACAAGCAAGGACUUCUGGGAGUCAGGAACUCCCACAGUAUGUAAGAAUACAGACUAAUUAUGUACCACAGCACUCUCUCGCACACGGUCUCUCACUCAUACACACUCACAUUCACACUCUACUGUAGACUGUAAAUGAAUGAGGGACACCACAGGAUUGACCACACAGUCAUUUCCCAUGAUUCCCCAGGCCUUGGGUGUCUGGAUCCUGCCGGUGAGAACCAUCAACGUUGAUCUGCUUAUUUUUCUUCUUAACAGAAAAAAGGAGAAAAAAACUAGGGGUUGGGAGGAAAAAAAAAACAAAAAAAAAACACUUAUUUAAUUUAGACAACUCACCUACAGAGGACAUACAUAUUUACAAGCACUAAAGAAAAAAGAAAAAAAAAAAAAGUAAAAUCAAUCUCUCUUGCUCGCCCACUCUCAUUUCUUCUUCGCCCUACUCCACAAAAAAAAAACCUUCAGUUAUUCUUCUUUGUUUUUUUUGUUUGUGGUUUUUUUUUCAGCCAAAAUAAAAGUUAUGAAAAUAGAGGUGACGCAGGUGGCUUCCUGCCGGUGUUCGCUUAGGUGGAGAUGUGGGACGAGGUCACAGUUCGUCCCGAUCCCUGAGGAUGGUGUAACGGUUCUCACUGGGUGCUAGCUUCUGGAAUGAACUCUCUGGAGGAUUGCUGGCCACCUCUAUGUUCUCCUCCUGCUGAAACACACACACACACACACCAGAAGACAUUUAGAAUCUUAUUUCAGCAGCCUUUUAAUGAUCUCACUGUAUGACAUAAUCCUAUGAAAAUCUGAAUUCUAUAACAGACCUAGAGAGAGAACACUGUACAUUUACUUGGAAGGUCAUGAGGUCAAUUCCCCGUCACUAACAAGCUGCCUUUAAGCCCCAUAACAGUUGUAUAAAUGAGAAAUUUAAGAUGCUCUGUAUACGAACUUCCAAAUGCCUUACACGUGAACGUCACAAUGAAAAUCUUUUAUUGUUAGACCUGGAAAUAAAUAUGUUCUGCUUAUGUUA